AUUAUUAUUAUCACCAAUGUCACUGCUACUGAUAUUCCUUUGAUAAAUAUAAAAUUCAAGCGAGGAUACAUUAUUUAACUCUAAAAAGGCGGAAUGGCAUAUAUUAUGACUACAAAAUCCCUAAUGAUACUUCAAUUUUUAUGGUUACUAUGCCGUCAGAGACGUGUUUGUGGUUUUCUGAAUUCUUAUUAACCUCAGACAUUAGUAUUCCUUGAGUGAUUGUACACAAAGAUAUACCAUAUCCAAAAUUUAUAUCAUCUUCAUUUCUUGUAAUAUACACACACACAUUGAAUGGCUACUAAUUUAGAUACUAGAAAAGUCGAAUUUGCUCAACAUGAAAAUGACACGGAUAACAGAACCUAUAGGACUGGAUCUGUUAAUGAUAAAGAACAACGUGUUAGUCGUUUUCGACGUUUAACUACCGGGAGUCUUCGUUAUAAGAAUCGAGCGAAUCAAAUGUCGACAACAGCAGCAUCCACAGCGGCAACAACAACGUCAACUACAAAAACUGAUUUCAUUGAACCAGUACAACACAGUAUAGAUCCUUUACAGGCAUUUUUAAAUUCAGAUACUGAAAUAAGUGAUUCAGGUGUACCACGAUUAAAUGACACACCAUAUUUAAAUAAUGGACGUCGACCUAAACGUUAUAGACGUUCUGGACGUUCACCGUAUGAAACACCGAAUUAUUCAACUGCCUUAGGACCAUUAAGAGAGAAGCAUAAAUUAACACCAUUGGAGCGGAUAUUUUUAGAAGCUGCAGAACGUGGAGAUAAAUCAACGCUAAUUCGAUGUUUAUCAUUUUCAAAUAGUGUCAAUGUAAAUUGUGUUAAUAUACUGGGUCGUACAGCUAUACAAAUUGCUGUGGAUAAUGAAAAUAUUGAAUUAGUUGAACUUCUGCUUGAUCAGCCUGGUAUAGAAAUUGGUGAUGCAAUAUUAUAUGCUAUCCAAGAGGGUGUAUAUCGAAUAGUAGAAAUGCUUAUUGAUCAUCCAUCGAUUACUAAAGAAAUGUUAGGUACAUCAUGGACAACCCAGUGUAUUGGGAUUGGUAAACGUGAAGAAGAAAGUCACGAUUUUCCUGCUGAUAUCUCACCUGUCAUGUUAGCAGCUAUUUGUAAUCAAUUUGAAAUCUUACAGCUGCUAAUUAAUCGUGGUGCAAGAAUUGAAGAACCGCAUAAAUCGUCAUGUUCUUGUGAGCAUUGUCAUCGUUUACUCUCUGAUGAUCCUUUAAAGCAUACCCUUCAACGAAUUAACACGUAUAGAGCUCUUGCUAGUCCAGCAUGGAUAUCGUUGACAUCACCAGAUCCAAUAUUGACAGCAUUUGAAUUAUCCUCAGAGCUAUUACACUUAGCAUCACGUGAAAAUGAAUUCAAGGAAACAUUUCUUUCAUUGUGUGAACAGUGUAGAAAGUAUGCUUGUGAUUUACUGGAUUUAUGUCGGGGGACUGGAGAAGUUGUCGCUGUACUCAGUAAGGGGACUGACAGUGAUGAAAGUUGUAGUGAGGCUAGUAGUGAUGAAUCGGACGAUAAUCAAACAGCAGGGAAAAUGCACAAUCUAACCGUACCAUCAAAUCAUAUAUCUGCACCAUGUUACUCUCCCAACUGUCAUUGUCAUCAAAGCAACAAUGAUAAUGGGAAUACGUCAAUAUGUAAUCAAUCUGAUUCAAAUCAAAAUUAUGGUGAGACUGAAAAUGAUUGGCGUGAAUUAUUGGAGAGAUCAAAUUUCUCCAGGAAAAGACAUCAUCGUAGGUAUACAGCAUGGAAUCAUCCUACUUAUUCAUGUUCAAAAUUUAAUCAAGCUUUAAGUAUAGAAAGUCAGCAUAGUAUAUGUGAUGAUUCAGCUAGUACGACUAACCUGCAUCCGUCAACAAGUAAAAGUGAACGAUUGAAUUAUUCAGAUAAUUCUAUGAAUGAUAGUGAUCACUUACAAUUACCAGUUGAUCAGACUACAUCGUAUACGCUAGCUAAGCUACCAUCAUUUGUUACAAGAGAUUUUAAAGAUUCACAAACACACUCUAGCCCUACUGACAAUAAUGAUGAUGAUGAUGGAAAUGCUAAGUUAAAAAAUACUUCAAGAAAAAGAAUUUCUAAUGAAGAUCGUUUACCAACAAUAUUGAAUACAUCUGAAGGUUGUUCAUCAAUAUUUUUUGAACGUAAAAGAAAUAGUUUUGAUUGGGAAUCACCAACAAGUGGUUUUAAUCAACGCUUACCGUCUAAUACAACUAUAAACACUUCACAAUCAAAACAUGAAUUAUAUGAACGUAAUAGUUUUAAUAAUAGUAAUAAUAAUAAUAUGUCAUCAUCAGCAACAUCAACAACAAUAACCACAGAAAGGGAUAUAAAUUUAAAUCGUAAUACUCCUACUACAACAGUCAGACGAUUUGAUUGUGAAACACAUGAACCUACAGAAUCACACUGUAUAAAACAACAAAGGAAAUUUUAUUCAUUCAAAUUAGACAGAUUGAAGUUAGCCAUUAAACAUGAACAGAAAAAAAUUUGA